AUGUCUUUGUUCAGACGAACCAUCUCAAAUGACUUCAACAAAUCCGACAUUGAUGAGCUUAGAUGGGUGAUUCACAUUCGUCAAACGCUGGAAGAAGAGCUUGAAGAGGAAGAUAAUAAUGGCGAAUUCCUUGUGUCUAUCUUCAAUGUUCCUAAGCCCCUUAUGACUAGUGAUCCAGAUUCUUAUAUCCCUAGACAGAUUGCAAUUGGUCCUUACCAUUGCUGGCGUCCAGAACUCAUGGAUAUGGAGAGGGUCAAGCUUGCUGCUACAAAAAGACUUCAAAAAAAGCUUCAAAUUAGCCUCAAUUUCGAACAUCUUGUUGACCAAUUGAGAAAAUAUGAAUACAGGAUUAGAGCAUGCUACCACAAGUACUUGAAUUUCAAUAGCGAAACCCUAAUGUGGGUGAUGAUUAUUGAUGCCUCCUUCUUGCUUGAUUUUCUUCAAGAAGGAAGAGUGAUCGAUUAUGGUGGUGGGAGGAAAUCAGGUCAAAAUGAUCAAACUCUAAGAGACGUACUAAUGCUUGAAAAUCAGAUCCCAUUAUUUGUUUUGAGAAAAGUUUUAGAGUUCAAAUUGUCAUCAUCAUCAACAAAAGAAUCAUCAGCAGAUGAUAUGCUUCUUGCUUUGUUGAUAGGGUUGUUUAAAGAAAUUUCACCUUUUGAGACGAUGACUAAAGAAAAUUAUUAUUCAGAGUUCCAAGUCUCACAAUGUGUGCAUUUGCUGGAUUUCUUGUAUAACAUGAUUGUGCCCAAAUUGGAAGAACAACCAAAUAUGAUUGACUUUGAGGACCAUAACAGAGACAUGGAAGGCAAUGAAAAAUCAUUUGUGAGAUACAUUAAGCAAGCCUUAAGUGAGAUUUGGAUGAUGGCAUCAAGAUUGACCAAAUCAUCAGUAAGUUUCAUUCAGAAGGUACUGUUAUACAAGCCAAUGAAGAUCAUCAUUUGUAUGCCUUUGACAAUCAUUUGUAACCUUCCGAUGGUUGGGAUUAUAAAACACCCUUUGGAAUACUUGUUUUUCUCACAAGAGAAUGAGCAAUCAAAAACAGAAAUUGUUGAUCUCAAGAAGCCACCCUUGAUGGAGGAAAUUGCUAUCCCUUGUGUUACAGAACUUUCAAACUCUGGAAUCUGUUUCUCAUCCACUAAUAAUGGAGCAAUUCACAGUAUCCGAUUUGAUGAAGCAGCAGCCACACUUCACCUUCCCACAAUAGCCAUAGACAUCAAUAGUCAAGUGUUGCUUAGAAACUUGGUUGCUUAUGAAGCAUCAAUUACAUGCAGUGGUGGGCCACUUGUUUUCACAAGAUACACAGAAUUGAUGAAUGGGAUUAUAGAUUCUGAGGAAGAUGCAAAGAUUUUGAGAGAAAAAGGGAUUGUUUUAAACCGUUUGAACAAUGAUGAACAAGUGGCUAACCUGUGGAAUGGGAUGAGCAUGUCCAUUAAAUUGACAAAAGUACCAUUCUUGGAUAAGGUCAUUGAAGAUGUGAACAAGUACUACAAUGGCAGGAUGAGGGUUAAAACUUGGAGACUUAUGAAGCUUUAUGUGUUUGGUUCAUGGCAGUUUCUGACAUUUAUAGUUGUUGUAUCGAUCUUGCUCUUGAUGUUCUUUCAAGCUUUCUGCUCUUUUUAUGGAUGCAAUUGUAGAAACCAUGCCAAGAAUAUUAGGUGA